AUGCAUGCGAUUUCGACGGAAGUCAUGAUCGGCGAUUUGGUGAAGAAGGAACUGCAGCGUCAUAAGGAAGAGGGAAGCUACAACGGACACUUGUUUGGUUAUUGGACUCACUUCCUCGGUUAUCAGGCUCGAACCUCGUUCCCUUCUCUGUUCGACUGCGACUAUGCGUAUGCUUUGGGACGAAAAGCAGCCGCAUUCAUUCAGAACAAUCUCACCGGAUAUAUGAUUCCCUAUGCGGGGCCUCUUCUGGACUUCUGCACCGUGGAGGCGAAGCAGGGAGUGUAUCGUCCCUCGAUCCCUGAAUCGAACGUGAAUAUGAACGAUGCUCCGUUCCUGAAGUUCGUGGCUCAUCGCGACAGCUGGACAGUGAAGGACGAAACCUGCAACCCGGGAUCGGUCCAGUUCGGAGGCGCUGGAAGCUGGAACACGACGCUGUCGCUGCAGAUCGAAAAGCACGACUAUCUGAAGCGAAUCCAGCUGCUUCGUGAUGAGCUGAAGGCUGUGGAGAAGAUUUGCCUGCCUGGAUGCGAUGCGUUGUUGGUGGAUUCUGCGAUUGCUGGAGUGGAGGGAGUGAUUGAGCUACUGGAAAUUGGUAUCAAGAAGAAGAUUUAAGCAGUGAAGUGGAUGAAUAAAAGAUCUUUUUAAU